ACUAAACCAGGCCCGUUUUUGCAUCCUUGGAGCCUUAGACGAAUUCCCUAGAGGAAUCUCUCCCUAAUCUUUUGUCCGCUAUCGAUCAGCUGUCCCUUCGAGCUCCAGGUCCCCUCCAUCCCUGCUGGCUGGGCUCUUGGCACAGGCGGCCGGCCAUCCGACCCCGUCUCGGUGCUACCGCUGCAUUGGGUGGGAUCGGUGGAGGGCUGGAUCGAUACCAAAACCAGACAUACACGAGCACCUCGACGACGCCUUCGAGAAUCCCCUAUGUGCCUCUGAUGUGAUAACGGCCAACGCUUCUUCCUCCCUGCUCAAUCGCCCUUAGUUGGACACCCUCUGCAAACCCCUCUCUUGGCGCCCUUCUUUUGCGCGUUCACUAGCGUCCCUGCCGAUCGUGAGAUCCCUUCCCUGCGACGGGUGGCAGCCCAGCCCGUUCCUCUGGAGCAGAGCUGUCUGGCUGGCUCCUUGUUGCUCUCUGUCUGCGUCGGCGUCCAACUUGGCAAUUUACCACACAUCAUCAGCUAGGUCGUGCACCAUCCGUCCAUCCAUGCACCGCAUUCCGGCCCUGUCUCAGCUGGUGGGCUUGUCGUCGCUGCCACGAUGCUAAGCACCUCCGCCUCCGCCACGCCGACCCAAAAGUCGUUAUCUUCGCAACCUGCCCCCUCUACCAACUCCCCCGUUGCUACCUCGCGACCGAGCCUCGAUCGAGAUGGCGGCCUUCGUCCACCCACUACCGCCGCUGACGGUGCCCGAGCCAUGUCCUCUUCGGCCAUCUCCUAUGCCACAAGGGGCGCCUCCCUGAACCCUUCCCAGCCUCCGGGUAGUUUCAGCUCCGACUUGCGCGGCCAGGCACUGCAGUCUAGGGCGGGUUCGAGGGCCGAUGUCUAUGGCCGGGACAAGCUAGACGAGGAGGAGGAAUCUGUCGCCGAAAAUGCCAUCAAUGCGCUGAAGGACUCGCUCAGCCGUGAGAUGAAGAUUAAGGAGGGGAGCGAGAACAUGCUGGAGGCCCUGAAUGCCAAGAAAGCGAAGCAGACCAAAGAACAGCGCCAGCGGGUCGAGGCCGAACUUACCGCUUCAAACACGAGGAUAAAACAGCUAAGGCAGAAGAUUACAGACGCGCAACGGUCCAAGGCUACACCCAGCACGCCGACGAGGAGCCGGAACGAGGGCCUACUGCGGAGCGAUGGCGUGCGGUCACCCCCGAGCGCGUCGAGGAGCGGCGCCGGAUCCGACCUGGACGAGCCGACGGAAUCCCCGACCUAUGCUCUCGCCGAGACACUGCAAGCGCUCGAAGUCGAGGGCAUGCCGCCCGAGUACUACGUCGGGUGCGCGAACAACCUGGUCGAUCUCUUCAAGAGACACCCUACACUCAAGUAUGACCUGGUCUGGUCCAUAUUCGGGGACCGGAUGCAGGUCAUGUUGCUGAGCGGUAGCAGGGAGGUUGUCGCGUCCGGAUACCGAAUGCUGCGAUAUUCUAUUUCCGACAUCGCCUCGCUCAAAAAGAUACGGAGUCUGAACACGGAUUUUAUGGUGGUCGUCUCUCUCGCCAAGGAUCGCAAGGCUGACGUGGAACGUGAGCAGGCCCUUAAGUUCGUCCGUGCCUUUCUCGACGUCAAGGAUGGCAUUCGUGAAGUGUCCAGGGCGGUGGUUAGGACCAUUGCCGCUGUCGCCGAGCAGGUUGAAGACCGGCUGCGGCCGAUCUGUCUAGAGACUCUUGCCGAAAUCCUCCUGCGGGACCCCGCGCUCCUGGUCGCGUCCGGAGGCUUGGUGCCGUUGUCAGAGGCGCUCGGCGAAGGCACUUAUAAGUCGCCUGAAUCUUUGUCUGCAGCUUUCCUCUACCUACUCGAUUCGCCGCAUACCCGUAGGUAUCUGCGAGCCGGCUACGAGCUAGAGGUUUUGUUCACAGCUUUUACCGAUGCCUUGUUCUCGUAUGAGACGGUCGUGAAGCAAAACUCUAAAGCCAUUGCCUCGGCCCUGAAGAGCUGGUCGGGGCUCAUGACCUUGUCUAUGUAUAACUUCCGGGCUAUCGGUUCCUUGAUAUCAAGUCUAAUACUACCAAAUCCCGCCAUAAGGGAUACCGUAAUAGACUUGCUCUAUUCCCUUCUUCGCAUAAAGCCUCCGGCCUGGGCGACCUCGUACCUUGCCGGACGGCGCUUGACGACGUACGGGAGAGUCACGACGUUGAAAGCUUCAACACCGAAUAAGGACGAAACCGUCUACGAAGACGAUGGGGCCGACCAGAAUUUCGUAGAGCAUUACACCGCGCUGCUCUUGGCCAUAUUUAUUAAGGCGGGAAUGAUGCCGAACCUACUUCGAGUUGCUCAGGACACCGACGAUCCUACGCUGAAGCGGAAAACGACCUUGUUGAUCGGCGAGACCUUGAAGCUCGCCAGUAGAAUCCUGCCUCCUUCGCGGAGCAGCGAGCUUCAGUUGCUUCCAGAGCUCUUCACCGCCGCUUCCAAAUUCAAAGACGAGGCGCAUUUCAACGCAACCGGCAUCGUCUACCAGAUUAGCAGUGUAAGCCGAACGCUCUACCGCUCAUCCCCGACAGGCUACGCACCGGGCUACCUCCCCUCUAGUAGUAUGCUAGAAAAUCUGGGCAACGCUGAAGAAACGCCUAAAGCCAAUUCCCUGGUCAACACUGAUGACGCUACGUUCCGUCAGUUGCUGAUAGACUCGGGAGUCCUUGGUCAUUCAAACCCUUCUAAAUGGAAUUGGGAUGUUGUUCUCAAGAUUAUAGAAGGCCCACUCAUGAACGGCAAGCGUCUAGAGGAGGCCAUCAAAGCAUCGAAAUUCGCCAAGAGAAUUGUCGGCUUUUAUCGACCCUUCAAGUUUAAGUUCUCGGAGAUCAAGAAUACGCGGAAUACCCAGAAGUAUGUCAGGGUCGGCUGUGCCCUGAUCCAUACGCUGCUUCAGACGGCCGAGGGGACAAAAUACCUGGUGGACAACAAGUUACUGAGACAGAUAGCCGAGUGCCUGGCUCAGUGUGAUCCGACCAGCGGCUUAACUGCUCAGUACCCGAUGUUCUCGAAAGAUCGCCUUACUGACACGUUAUGCGGCGGCUACUUUCCCAUGCUCGGUGUUUUGAGUGGUGACCCCAGGGGGCUCCAGAUGCUCGAGAGGUGGCGGAUUUUUAACAUGAUGUAUCACAUUGUCGAUUUCAAGCAACGCCCGGAUCUCAUCAAGCUGCUUCUCGCAAACCUCGAUUACAGUCUCCAGGGCCACCCCCGCGUACUCCUAUCCAAAGCUCUCACAGCAGGCACGAAAGAAAUGCGGAUACACGCCACCACGAUGCUGCGGAAAUAUGCGACGAGGCAGCGGGUUGCGCCAACGGGUCAGCUCAUCUCGGACUCUAAAUGGGCAAUCCAACUGCUUGUCACCCAGCUUUACGACCCGGAAGUCGAGGUAUGUGCCACAGCUGUCAAGAUUCUGGAGAAGGCUUGCAAUAGCAAAGCUUUGCUGGAAUACAUAGUGGAAUGCCGCCCUGCGCUCGAUCACCUCGGCGAGAUCGGGGCCCCCUUGCUACUCCGCUUUCUGUCUACCUCCAUCGGCUAUCACUACCUGGACGGGUUGGACUAUAUUAGUAAUGAGAUGGAUGACUGGUUUCUCGGACGUAACGAUGCCUACGUCGGCCUCAUCGAAGCCAGUCUAGCGCGCUCUUUUGUAGACACGCAGGAAGACCAGCCGCAUCGCCUUAGCAUCUACGAAGAGGAUCUUGAUAUAGAACAAGAUAACCACGUACCGCCUCACUUCUAUCGAGAGUUGUCCCGCACCAAAGAAGGCUGCAAGCUGCUCGAGGACAAGGGCCAUUUCGAAGAAUUUGCUUCGACGAUUCGAGAGUACGGAAUGCAGUCAGAGGACCCGGAACUUAUAACGAAAGUCAAAGGCUGCUUAUGGGCGGUCGGAAACGUUGGUUCCAUGGAACUUGGUGCCCCAUUUCUAGAGUCAACCGACGUCGUGGAACACAUUGUUAAGAUCGCCGAGUCUCACGAUGUGAUGAGCCUGCGAGGUACCGCCUUCUUCGUGUUAGGACUGAUAUCGAGAUCGACCCACGGGCUAGAAAUACUUUCCGAGUAUGGUUGGGAGUCGAAUACAACCCCGCUUGGGAUGUCGCUGGGGCUCUGCGUACCCUCGAACCUGUCCAAGCUUCUCUCAUGCACACCUUGGAAGCACGAGAUACCCGGAUCCAUCAGGCUCCUGGAUACGCAGAAAACGAUCCUGGAGCCCCCGGAGGUGGAGAUCAUAGAGGACGACGAGACGAAUCGGCGGAUCCUAGAGCUCAUGACCGAGCUAGGCAACAUGGUGCUCUACAAGAAGGCCAAGGUCGAGCUGUCUCAGCUGCGCCACAACAAGGCUCCCGGGUUCCGGCAGCCGGCCCUCUUCCGCAAGGUCCUGGCGCUGCUGGAGUGCCACCAUUACCGGCUGACAGACCGGCAUCUGGUGAUCGAGCUGUUCGACAAGAGCGUCCUGAGACAUAUCGUCUACGGCGAAGAGGGCAGCGACGACGCCGAAAGCAGCUCGGGGGACGAGCAGAGGACGGAGCGGCAGCGCAGCGUCAGUGACCCGGCCGAACUGGAGAAGAUUUCGUUGCAGGCUUACCAGUCGUCGAUCUAGUAUACCGACGUUGAAAGAGCGCGAGGGUGAGCUUUUGGGGGAGGGAGGCUCGAGGGGCCAAUGAAGGCCUGGAUACGGGACAGGCUGUACAAGUCGGUUUUGGUUUGCCUCUUGGGAGCAACGGUCCAGCUGUAAGAUAAUAGACCCGACAUGAUAUCAACACGCUUCAUUGCACCGCGCGCAUCGGAAGGGGGGAGAAGGGGG